AUGGGACUACGUCCAGAAUAUGAAUUUGUUAGGGAUGCCUUAUUACACUGCAGCCCCCUGCCCUCAUUGGAUGCUGCUAUCCAAGAAAUAUUAUUUGAAGAAAAACAUCUUGGCAUCAAUCUCUCCAAACAUUCUGAUGUUGUUCUUGUCAGCACUUAUUCACCACCUGGAGCAUCAAGCACAUUUUGUAAGAAUUGUAAGCUCACUCGUCAUAAAUUUAUUAAUUGUCCUAAAAUAGAAUGCAGGUAUUGCCAUAAGCCAGGUCAUAUCCUGGAUAAUUGUCCCAUAAAACCACCUCGACCUCGAAGCUAUUCUACAAGAGCAAAGUACUUUACUAAACUCAGUAACUCCUCUGUUGUUGCUGCUGUUUCGGAUAAUUCCACCACCCCCCAGUUUCAGAUAAGUGGUUUUCAAAAUUUACUAAAUCAGUUGAUUUCAUCAUCUUCCUCUGCACUUGCCGUCUCACCAGGUAAUCGAUGGCUUCUUGACUCUGGCUGUUGCAAUCAUAUGACAUCUAAUUACUCUAUUAUGAACACUCCUAGUCCUACUAAAUCUUUACCUCCCAUUUAUGCUGCUGACAGCAAUUAUAUGAAUAUCACUCACAUGGGCACCAUCAAUACCCCUAGUUUGAAUCUUCCUCAUACUUACUGUGUCCCAAAGUUAACCUUUAAUUUAGUAUCUGUUGGUCAAUUGUGCGACCUUGGCUUAAUUGUCUCUUUUUCUUCCAAUGGUUGUCAGGUUCAGGAUCCACAGAUAGGACAGACGAUUGAGACGGGUCGCAAAGUGGGAAGAUUGUUUGAGCUCCUAUCACUUCAGGGGCCUGCCCCUACCUCCAUUGUCCAUGGUUAUCGCUAUUAUGUGUUAUUCAUUGAUGAUUUCUCUCGAUUUACAUGGAUUUAUUUUCUCAAACACCGCUCUGAAUUAUCUCGCACUUAUAUUGAGUUUGCUAAUAUGAUUCGCACCCAAUUCUCUUGUCCCAUCAAAACCCUUCGCACUGACAAUGCCUUGGAGUAUAAAGACUCCACUCUUCUAUCUUUUCUCUCCCAACAGGUUACUCUUGUUCAGCGCUCCUGCCCCCACACUUCUCAACAAAAUGGACGUGCUGAGCGCAAACAUCACCACAUUCUUGACUCAGUUCGUGCCCUUCUUCUUUCUGCCUCAUGUCUUGAGAAAUUUUGGGGUGAAGCAGCUCUUACAUCCGUCUAUACUAUCAAUCGUCUUCCUUCCUCCGUCCUUCAAAACAUCUCUCCAUUCGAAAGACUAUAUGGUACUCCUCCUAACUAUUCCAACCUUAAAGUCUUUGGUUGUGCUUGUUUUGUUCUCCUGCAUCCUCAUGAACACACUAAACUUGAACCCCGUGCCCGCCUCUACUGUUUUUUUGGCUAUGACACAGAACAUAAAGGUUUUCGUUAUUGGGAUCCCUUUUCCAAUAGACUUUGUAUAUCUCGCCAUGUCACAUUUUGGGAGCACACUAUGUUCUCUCGUUUAUCCUCCUUCCACGCCUCCUUCUCUAGUCCUCAAUCUUUCUUCACCGAUACAUCUAUUGACCUUUUUCCUCUCUCUGAAUCCACUCCUGAUAAUGAGCUUGCUCAAUCUGCACCUACUUCUGUAACUUCGGACCAGUCGCCCAUCUCUGAUGGGAGUCCUGACCCUACUCCAGACACCCCUCCUCGUCGUUCUCCUCGGGUAAGGGAACCUCCUAUUCAUCUCCAAGAUUAUCACUGUUUUUCUACUAUUGUUUCCCUUAUUGAACCUACCUGUUAUCAAGAGGCUAGUACUGACCCUUUAUGGCAAAAAGCGAUGAAUGAUGAAUUACAGGCUCUUAACGCACACUUGGGACUAUGUUGA